GACUCCGCACAGAAUUAAAUAUGAAGUGUAUUAAAUUAUGCAGCAGCAAAAAAUAUUAUAAAGUGACCUGUGGAAUUAGGAAAUGUUCAAGUUAUAAAUAGAAGUUUAGAGUUUGGAUUUGGAGUUCAGCAGUCUGGUGACCUGGGGGAAAAAGCUGUUACAGCACCUGGUGGUCCUGCACCGAAUGCUGCGGAACCUCUUUCCAGAGGGGAGAACAGUCCAUAGUGAGGGUGUGAGGGGUUGCUGAUUAUGUUACUGUCUUGAGACAUCCAACGCCUUGGUGCAAAGUCCCAAUGAUUUUCUCUGCUGUCCUCAGCGCUCUCCUCGCAGUCUUCCAGUCAGAGGCACUGCAGCCUCCACACCGCACAGAUAUGCAGCUGGUCAGAAUGCUCUCUAUGGUGCUUCUGUAGAAUGUAAUGAGGAUGGGCGGGGGCAGGUGGGCUCUCCUCAUCCUACGCCGGAAGUGCAGACGUUGCUGUGCCUUCUUGACCAGUGACGCAGUGUUCACAGACCAGGUGAAGUUGUCUGUGAUGUUCACCCCCAGGAACUUGGUGCUAUUGACCACUUCCGCGGCCGUGUUGUUGAUGAGAAGUGGAGCGUGGCUGGGUUGGUUUUUCCUGAAGUCUUUAGUUUUGUCCACGUUCAGGAUCAGGUUGUUUUGCCGCUCCACCUCCUCUCUGUAGGCCAGGUCGUUGUCGUCCCUGAUGAGGCCCACCCCGUUGUGUCGUCCGCAAACUUCACAAUGUGGUUGCUGGCAGCCCUGGGGACGCAGCUGUGUGUCAUCAGGGUGAACAGCAGAGGGCUCAGGACACAGCCCUGAGGGGAGCCUGUGCUGAGGGUGAGGACACUGGAAGUGUUCUGACAAGAUGGUGGCGCCCUGUUCGGCUGCAUGGGCUCGUGACAGUUACCAUACGGUUUUCUCAAUCAUAAUACGCAUUGUCAGUAAGUCAGUAAUAACUCUCAGUAAGUGGGGAUGCACUUCAGCAUAGCUGUUCUCGCAGGCACCCCGAUACAAAAUAAAACACAAAAUUACAAUGAAUAAAAUAAUUGUUUACAAUAUGAGAUGAUUAUAAUAUACAGUAGUGACUUAAAAUAUAUGCACCAGUAGGUAUAAGGGACUAAUUAAUUUUUUAAUUUAGACGUCUGUUGAAUGUUUUGAGUUUGUGGAAAAAAAUUAAUUCUAUCCUACAGUAAGCAGACUCCAUAAUGAAGCUCUAGUGAUUGAACGCCAUUUUCUCGCCAAUCACAGCACAGAGUUGGCGUUUCAGUAGGCGGGGUUUGUGCAGAAGAGUGUGCGUUGACGAUUGGAGACGUGUUCAGUGACUGACACUCACAGCUACCAAUGGGACACGUCGGUUAACUUUGUGUUGUUAUCACGUGUUUUCAACGUGCCAAUGAGACGUCCUCCGCAUGAACUCAGCGCGUGUUCUUUCUGUAGCGCGCGCGGUGCUGAGGAACGCUGCUGGAUGCCUGGCGGUUUCAAAUCUGCAGGCUUUCUUCUCGCUGGCACGCGCUGUGGCCGUUAUUUCUCCCUGAGGAGAGCAGCGCGUCUAGGCACAGAAAGACCGAUCCCACUCCCCGCCACCGUCUCGUUCUGCCCCGCUGCCUCUCCUUCGCCGGCUUUCUUUCUCCCGCAAAUCAAACGAGCGGAAAUCUGGCUGCACCCGGGCCACUCUCCUCCAUCGUCAGUCGUCGGCAGAGGACAGAGAGGCCCAGUGAAGUGAGAGACGGCGCUCCUGGUGGUUUGGAGAGAAAGCGAACCUUUGGCAGGCUGGCAACAUUCCCUGCUCUCCUGCCUCCAUGUAUCCCGAAUCUACUACGGACUCUCCUGCUCGCCUUUCUCUACGACAGACCGGCUCUCCAGGCAUGAUCUACAGAAAUCUUGGCAAGUCUGGAUUGAGGGUGUCGUGCCUUGGGUUAGGAACAUGGGUGACGUUUGGCGGUCAGAUCACAGACGAGAUGGCUGAACAGCUGAUGACUCUGGCUUACGAGAACGGGAUCAAUCUGUUCGACACGGCUGAGGUCUACGCUGCAGGAAAGGCCGAAGUGGUGCUGGGUAACAUCAUAAAGAAGAAAGGAUGGAGACGCUCCAGUUUAGUGAUCACCACAAAAAUAUUCUGGGGUGGAAAGGCAGAGACUGAAAGAGGUCUUUCCAGGAAGCACAUAAUAGAAGGUUUAAAAGCUUCACUGGAGAGAUUGCAGUUAGACUACGUGGACGUGGUGUUUGCUAACAGACCCGACCCCAACACGCCUAUGGAAGAAACGGUGCGAGCGAUGACCCACGUGAUCAACCAGGGAAUGGCGAUGUACUGGGGCACGUCCCGCUGGAGUCCCAUGGAGAUAAUGGAAGCGUACUCCGUGGCACGGCAGUUUAACCAGAUCCCCCCCAUCUGUGAGCAGGCAGAGUAUCACAUGUUCCAGAGAGAGAAGGUCGAAGUGCAGCUGCCCGAGCUCUUCCAUAAGAUCGGUGUAGGGGCAAUGACGUGGUCCCCGCUGGCCUGUGGGAUCAUCUCAGGGAAAUACGACAGUGGCGUUCCUGCGUACUCUCGCGCCUCUCUCAAGGGCUACCAGUGGUUGAAGGACAAGAUCUUGAGCGAGGAGGGCCGGCGUCAGCAGACGAAGCUGAAAGAGCUGCAGGCCAUCGCCGAGCGGCUGGGGUGCACGCUGCCACAGCUCGCCAUCGCGUGGUGCCUAAGAAAUGAAGGAGUCAGCUCUGUGCUCUUAGGAGCCUCCAACACGGAACAGCUCAUGGAGAACAUCGGCGCGUUACAGGUCCUUCCGAAGUUGUCCUCGUCCAUUGUGCACGAGGUGGACAGCAUACUGGGGAACAAGCCCUACAGUAAAAAGGACUAUCGCUCGUAGUAUAUCUGUGUGUUUGCGUGUGUGUGUGGGGGGGAGCGCCCAGGGGCCACCCUGCACUGAGCCCUUUGCCUGUUCCUCCGUUUGCUUGAGCUUUUACUGAAUGAGUAAGCAGCGCAUGAGACCGGCAGGUACACCCCGAGCCUGCAGGGGGAGCCGUGUAGAAACUUACAGGGAACAAUGAAACAACAUCUAAAAAAAAAAAAGUAAUAUUCACAGAGAAAAGGAAAGAGCCAGAUCUACUGACCUGGGCAGAUAGUUAAAAUUUAAUAGAAAGCUGAAGUUAACAAAAAACAACCCUACGACGAAAGGGGAAAAAAUAGCACACGCUUGCUUGGCUGUAGGAAAUAUUCGUUUUCCCUCCGCACAUUGUUUUUGAUACUCCAGUGCAUAUUUGACCAAAAAUUGGAAAAAAAAAAGUGUAUACAAUAAUGCAGCGCUUUCAUUAAUCUAGGUGAUCAGUUCAUGAUUUUUUUUUUUUUUUGCACAUCUCCCAUAGUCAUUCAUGAGGUCUGUCUCUCCGAAAUCAUUCACUGUGUCGUCUGUCACGAUUGCACACACCCCCUUUGCCAAUGAGCCAAUCAGCACUUUGAGUCCAUCUGAGGGCGUGGCUAUGGGAGGCACCGGUGGUGUCUAAACAUAAAUACAAGCGCUUUUUUUUUUUUUUUCUCCCCCUUCCCCUCUUGGUGCUUUUCCUGAUGACCGGCCAUGAAAUACAACCCCGCCUCAGAGCAGCAGUAAUCCUAACACCAUGGAAUUAUUUCUCAAAUCCAGUCUGCAGAGUUUCUGCAGUCUAGCAGAAAAAAAAAAAAAAACUCAAACUGGAACUCUGAAACGUGUGUGUGUGUGUGUGUGUGUAACUGCUGACCUGGCAGACUGUUGGGUGGGUGCAGAUGUCUCUCUCACCUGCUGCAUAUGAGCGCAUGCUGUCUCUCACUUCUAGACGCUGGACGUUACCGUUUAAGAUCCGGCGUCAUCACACAUGGCUAAAGCCAAAGAUCCUGUAUAUCCCAGCUCCUCGCAGUGUCAUUUAACAGCAUGUAUUUCCCGUUAUUUAUUUACUCUAUGUAUAUCAUGUAUCGCUUCUCUCACGUAUGUACUCGCUCUGGCCAAGAUACGUAGCCAUGUAGAUAUAAACGUGUAUAUACAUUUGCAUCCUAUAUGUUAGGAAUGUCAGAUCUUUUCUAUCCCAUGUACCAUCGAGUUUUGAUGAAAUCUGAAGGAAAAUGACCCGCAGACAAUUCUACAGAAGCACAUCGCAUUCAGAAAAGAAGAAAAAAAAAUCAUCUUGCAAUUACAAGAAAAGAUCUCAUCAUUAGGAGAAAAGUUAAGGUACCCUGGUUACAUAGACUAAAAAUAAUGGACAAAGCCUCUGUGACAUCGCUCAUUGGAUUUCCAAACUGCUCAAAUUAGGAGGCUACGGGCGUCGCCAUCUUGGCAGCGCCUGACUCUGCCUAACCCAUAAAUGGAGAAAGGGGCAGGGAUAGUAUGGCUGAAACAUGCAUACUAACCUCGAAGCUAACAAGCUGCUGGCUAAACUAAAAGAAGCUGCUCUAUAUGAUGGACCAUAACAAGCCGGUUUACCCAAAAAAAAAAAAAAUCACCAGCCGUGUAACCAUCCGAUAAACGUUAUUUGAUCGAGUGUCGUCUUUUCAGUCUUUAAAAGCAGCAUUAGCGAUAAUAUUUCCCCCAAUAGUUUAGAUAACUAAUGUUAGCUUGGUUAAUAGCUAGCCAGGAGUGGCUGAGGUCGAUAGCCGCUACUGUUAGAUGGUUAGUCUAUGAUGGUCACAGUGUAUUUGAUAUGAAACAAUCGACCAAACCUACGAUUUAGUUCAGAGACGUGUCUCUUGAUGAACGAUUGACUGUUACGUGAAUCUUCAUGCUGAAUGGAUGUUAUUUCUGUCAAACUCCGAAGUGUAAUUCUUUUUUUAGUCGCUCAAGCUGUCAAAUUGUCAGUCUGAGCCUGAUUUACUGAAGGGGAGACCCCGAUAAACUGGAUCGGCAGCGACUACAUCAAAAAUAUUGAAGGGUAAGUACAAUCUUAAAGUAACUGACAGGUGUAGUAGUGUGGAAAAGCUCCGAGUCGAAAAUAGGCAAGGCUCCGUAAAGUAUUUCCAUAAAUCCAUCACCUGUGCUGAGUUUGGCUCGAGUUCCGAGGUAAUGCCAGCCAGCGGCUAACAAGACGAGACAAACCCAGCUGUCACUCAGAUAGGACCCGCCCCGAUUAUGCAUAAAUUUAUGGCUCAAUAUAAUUUAAACUGUUGAAUUACAUAAAAACUCACCCCCUGUACAGUCGUCAUGAAGGGGGGAACUAGCUAUAGAGACUGAAACCCCUUUUUCUGUACCAGGCUGUAAAUUUUUGCUGUAAAUUUUGACAUUUUAACAUGGGGGAGGUCCUCUAUGGGAAUUGACUUGCUUUUGGAGGCAGCCUCAAGUGGCCAUUCGAGGAACUGCAGAGUUAGCACGUCCGCAUUGGCUUCACUUUUCAGCAGUGGUGGUCAUCACUUGGCGGGUUAUCAAUCAUCACUAAAGGUGAUGAUACACGGGGCAACUUUUUGGGCAGUGUUGCCGAGCAAUGUUGCUGGGCAAUUGCGUUUUGACUCUUUUCUAUUGAGAUUGGGCAACAUUGUUUCUUUCUGAAUGGUUUUGAUAAUCUCUGGCAACUUUUUGAGAUAAGCCAAUCAGAACGCGAGUAUCGAGUCAUGUGACCUCCGGUGAGGUUCGGAUCAGAAAUUUCAAACAAAUAUGGCGGCCGCUCAGUGUCAGUGGAGUGAAGAGAUGGAGAGACUCCUCAUCUGUUUUUACGCCGGUAAGUUAUUUUAAUAUUCUAUAUGGAGGAAUUUACCUCACCAAAGCUCUAAAAAAACAACAGACAGCUUGAUUAAAUGGUCACAGCAAAAAUUAAGACAUCGAUUUUUUUUUUUUUUUUUUAGCUAACUGUAAACUGCCGUUGCUAACUGUUGUUGCCCAUUGUAAGUUGCCCUGUGUCUCACCUAGUUGCCCGUUGCCAGCAACAUUGCUCGGCAACAUUGCCCAAAAAGUUGCCCCGUGUAUCAUCACCAUAACAUGGGUUACAGGAGAAGACGGGGCAGUGGUGGCUCAACAGUUAAGACUUGUGAUUACUGAUCUGAAGGUCAUGGGUUCAAGCCCCAGCACUGACAAGCUACCACUGUUGGGCCCUUGAGCAAGGCCCUUAACCCUCUCUGCUCCAGGAGCACUGUGUCAUGUACCCCCUUGUUGUAUUUUGCUUGGGAUAAGAGCGUCUGCUAAAUACCUGCAAUCUCAUGUAAUGAUUAAACUACCACAUUUAAUCUCUCCCCCCCCCCCUUCUCAGUAUGAGACUCUGGGAAUCUCAUCAUUGAGAUCUUUUUUUUAUUACAAGAUAGUAACUCAAUAACAAGAUAAGGUGUCCAAUUUAUUUUCUUUUGUAAAUGCAUUGUGCUUCCGUACAGUUUUCUCCGCGUCGUAACGAAACUUUUCGCCAGCUGCACGAUGUCCGUUUCCCCUGAAGCAUGUGCUCUCUUCAGCCAUUACACAACUCGCGCGUGCACGAUUUUUAGGUCCGUCCCCCCCCGUUCUUGAGAUUUAUGUGGAUGUGUUUAUUUUCCUUACAUCGUUAUUUGUACAUCGGUAGGUCUCACUUCACAAAGCUUUCACCAGAAAGCAGAAACUUGCACACAUGAUGUGGACUUAAUCAUGAAUGAAUCACCCGUGUCUGUUUUCUAAAGGGACAGGAGUUAUGUUCGAGUUUCACGUGAUGGAAAAGGAACGCAUACGUUAUCUCUGAGAAAAUCGAAGCAGCAUUUGGUCAUUUUCAUCAUUUUAUUAGGAGUUUUGAUUCCAUGUUUUCAGUCGAGCUGAACACCAGUCAGUAGACUUUGACGAACGAACAAAAAAAAAACUGACGAACAUUGAUAUUUGUUUGGAAAAGAGUAGUAUAUAAAUAUUAGAUUAGAUUAAGAUGUAGGUCCAGCUGUCAUUUAGUUUAGCUUUAGACAGUAUUCAUCACUGUGCUCCAUACAGUAGAUCUGUUUCUCCUGCUGUGUGUAGCAGCUGUGUUUUUGAAAUUAGGACAUCGUGGAACCCGUCUGAAUUUUACAAAAAAAAAAGAAGAAA